UUGUUUUAGUUCCUUGUCCUUAUCGUCCAAGUAUUAAUAACAGAAAUAGGCCAUUUAAUUCCUCAAAUGUGUUCUGCGAUCUUUGAGCCAUUUCCAUAUAGCUUCCCUAACUUCAUACCCAUUAAUAUCAUUGGUUAACAUAAUUCUAUAUAUCUGAUAAUUAAAAUCAGCUGACCUGGCAACAAGUGCAGGUCAGAGCAGAGUUCCAAAUAUCCAUCACUGCGUGUGUGUAGGACCAUUUACAAACUUUGCUCCAGGUAGGCCUAGCUCUAAUAUGUAUAUUUAUUCUUUUCAAUAGGAUUUCCCAAACAAUAAAAAUAUCUUCCCUCUGACUAACUUCUAUCAAAUUUCCCCAAGCAACUGAAAUAUUUUUUCUCUAGCUACCUGCUAUUAGUUCAGUGAAUUUCACACACAUCCUUUGGGUGCACCCAUGUUUAUUGUCAGUGAAAAGGAGCUUCAGGGAGGUUCACAAACUUUACGUUUAAGAAGAGAAGUUGUUCAUUUUUCCCUUUAUAGAAAGUUGUACACAUGCCACUAAUUUCACUGUGAAUUGGUUUUAAAUAAAAUUUGAGGUCAGGAUUUAAAGAAUGUCAACAAAGCAAUCUAUUCCUCUGUUGAUUCAAAUUAAAAGGCAAGACUAAUGAGCUCCCAAACCCCUCAAAAGGUUAUUCAAUAUUCAAUUUGAUCAUGGUUUAUUUACACUGUAAUAUACCAGAGGCCUUGCUUUAACAACCUUUAAUUCUUCUGCUUAAUAAAUUCAAUGUUGUUUUAAACUCUGGCUUCAUAGAUACUUAAGUAAGAAGGUUCAAGAUUUCCAAUGCUAAUUACCAGUACUAGCCUAGUAUGGUCCUGGCGCCUGGAAGAAAAGGCAUGUCGAGAACAGUCAGCAAGGACUCCUAAAGGAGUGGCCGCGUUUGCCUAAUGAUGUAGUUUUUAAGGAAGUAAUAAAAAUGGCGGUAAAAAUAAACAUGGACUUUGGAUGUACAAUUAUAUGUACAGGUAUAUGGGUUUAAAGUCCAAAGGAUCACCAAAAUGCAAAUUCAUUAUACGUGAAUAUAUGGCAAGGCGUGUAAGAAUUUAUGCCGGUUCAGUAAUAGUUAUACAUGUCCUUCAAGAGUAAGACUCAAAUACUUCAAGGUUUAGGGGUAAAAGGUCGUUCUCUCUGGUUUCAAUCUUCACCAAAGUUCAUCAAAAGGCUGCUAGCCGACUUUAUCUUAUCAAGGCUCAGUUUUCUGUAAAUAUUUUUUCUCAGCAUUGAAGUGGUUAACAGAUCAGAAAUCCAGAACUGUUAAAACUUUACGAGCCUGUGAGGUAUUUGGUAUGCUUAGCAAAUAAAACGGGUUCAGCCUUUUCUUUGUCCAAUUCCGACCAUCUUCGUCUACAUCCUAUUUGCAUGCUUAAUACGUUUUGUGUAGCCAAUGAAAUUUGCAUUUGGGAGGAAAGCCAGCGAGGAACGAUUUUCACAAAGCUGUGACAUGUUAGUUGCAUUCGUGCGAGUUGAAAAGCCUGUUUUUUACAGCCAGCAGCAAGGUAGGCUUGCUUCGUGCUCAGAACCUUUGUUGCACAAGACUAGGAGACGAAGUUCGUUAGUUUCCGGCUUAAUUUUCUAGGAAGGCUGACGAGCCACGAUGUCAGUGAACCUACAGAGCAACUUGCAAAAAGAGGAUUUAUCUUUGUUCUACCUGAAAAAUAGUCCCAUUCUUUUGAACAGGAUUUCUUUUGUGUAACUGUAUAACCCGGGAUCGCAAAACGGCGCUGAAAUUUUCCUGAAGUUUUCAAGCCGGACCGUUUAGCAGAAACUGGUAACCAGCAUUCCCGGGAUUCAAAUGAAGCCAAUGCUGAAUAGAUAACUGAGAGCCCACUCCCUGCAUCGCUCGUCUUUAAAUUCCAGCAAAAUACACACAAUUUCACUGUACGGAUGUGUUCGCCGACGUAACUGGACCGUAGAACUCACUCUGGACAAAAUCUGGAAAGUGAUCGGAAAGGGAGCGCAGUUUUCGCACUAUGGCAGCCGCCAACAGCAGCAACGCCAGCACCCAUUGUAAGCCCGAUGAUUCCUUUAAGUACACAUUGUACAGCAGCGUAUUCAUAAUGGUAUUCAUCGUCGGCCUCAUAUCAAACUGUGUCGCCUUGUAUGUUUUGAGGUGUUCCUUAAAAUUAAGAAACGAAACCAUAACAUACAUGACAAACCUUGCCGUGUCAGACCUGCUGUUUGUCUUCACGCUGCCGUUUCGGAUUUUCUACUAUGCGACCAGGGACUGGCCCUUUGGGGAUUUGUUGUGCAAGGUUUCGGGGACGCUGUUUCUCACAAACAUGUACGGCAGCAUCCUCUUCCUGACCUGUAUCAGCGCCGAUCGAUUUCUGGCUAUCGUUCACCCUUUUAAAUCGAGAAUGCUGAGGACAAGGAGAAAUGCGAUCAUCGUGUGCACUGCCGUGUGGCUGACCGUGCUGGGAGGAAGUGUGCCGGCGACUUUCUUGCGAACUACCAGCGAGAAGGCCAAUCAGACGAAAACCUGCUUUGAAAAUUUUUCCAACGAGACCUGGAAGAAUUUCUUGUCAAAGAUUGUAAUAUUCAUCGAGAUAGUCGGUUUUAUAAUCCCAUUACUGUUAAACCUGUUCUGCUUUUCAAUGGUGUUGAGAACUUUAAGCCAGCCCGUUACUCUUUCCCGCAGUAAAUUUAACAAGAAGAAAGUGCUCCGGAUGAUUGUUGUUCAUUUCCUCACUUUUAUCUGUUGCUUUGUGCCAUACAAUAUAACCCUAGUAAUGUAUUCACUGGUGAGGACUGGAGCAGUGAGAAAUUGCUCGGUGGUAACUACAGUCAAAACAAUGUACCCCAUCACAUUAUGCUUUGCUGUGUCUAACUGCUGCUUUGACCCUAUUGUUUAUUACUUCACUUCAGAAACGUUCCAGAAUUCAAUCAAGAGGAAGUCGAAGUCGCUAAGGUUUGAAUCGGAUUUUGAGACCUUGCACACUGUGGGCUUCCUCACAAAUAAUCAGCGGACAUCAAAAUCUAAAAUGCUCAGUUCAGAUUCAACUGUUUAGUUAUUAACUACAUAUAUGGAUAUCUUAUUUUCAGCUUUAAGCAAGCAGAAAUAUUUUUUUACCAGAAUUUAAACUACAGCACUAAUUAUAACCACCAUCAGUGGGGUGUGGCUAAUGGUUCCCUAACACAGUUUUCAGUCUGUAUACAGUAUAGGAUUGAAAAACUAAAGGUAAUGAAGCACUCUCAGGGAAACUGGCAGAGGAGAGUGUAGAAGACGAUUAUUUCAGUUUGUGAUAUAAUUAUUCACAUAUAUAUAGUUUUAAUUUUGACAUUUAACUCAAUAAGGAUCAAGGGAAAGACAGUGAAUACCAGAGGUACAAAGGAACCAUUGCCACAAGCGAUUUUAUGCAAAAUUUGCUUUUAGUGGGGGAAUUCUUUUUAAAGAUUUCUCCAUUAAUGGAAUGGACUAUAAUUGUUAUUAAAGGCACAUCUUUAAACAUUUUAUCUAUGUGAAAAUAAAUUAAUGUUCUCUAAUAAAUUAAUAAUCUACUCUUUAUUUGAUAAGAUAAAGGUUGAGCUGAUUAUAAUCCAAACCCUGCCACCUAUAUGCAGUAACCUUUACUUCCCUUUGCAAUAUAAAACAUCAAUCCACCUGUCUUAAAAAUAGUGCUGUAAGAGAGUUUCAGACCAGUGAUUAUCAAAAAAAGAUGUUUAAUCUGUUUAAAAUGGGUGAUUUUUUUUAAAAAUGUGAUUUUUGAUUCUACCUUUCCAGAAGGUGUUGGAUAAGGUGUCACAUAAAAGAUUUAUGCAUAAGAUAAGGAUACAUAGAGUUGUGGGUGAUGUAUUAACAUGGAUAGAGGAUUAGUUAACUAAUAGAAAGCAGAGUUGGGAUACAUGGGUGUUACUCUGGUUGGCAAUCAGUGGUGAGUGGUGUGCCACAGGGGUCAGUGCUGGACCCGCAGCCAUUCACAAUAUGCAUUAAUGAUCUGGAAGAGGGGACCAAGUGUAGUGUAUCUAAAGUUUACUGAUCAUACUAAAUUGAGUGGAAAAGCAAAUUGUGCAGAAGAUACGGAGAGUUUGCAGAGAGAUAUAGAUAGGUUAAGUGAGUGGGCAAGGUUUUGGCAGAUGGAGUAAAAUGUUGGUAAAUGCAAGGUCAUCCACUUUGGAAGAAAAAAAUGAAAGAGCAGAUUAUUAUUUAAGUGGUUAAAAACUGCAGCAUGCAUGCUGUGCAGAGGGACUGGGAGUGUGUGUGCAUGAAUCACAAAAGGUUGGUUUGCAGGUGCAGCAGGCUAUCAAGAAGGCAAAUGGAAUGUUGCCCUUCAUUGCUAGAGGGAUUGAAUUUAAGAGCAGGGAGGUUAUGCUGCAACUGUACAGGGUCCUGACGAGACCACAUCUGGAGUACUGUGUGCAGUUCUGGUCUCCUUACUUGAAGGAUAUACUGGUUUGGGAGGCAGUGCAGAGGAGGUUCACCAGGUUGAUUCCAGAGAUGAGGGGGUUAGACUGUGAGGAGAGAUUGAGUCGCCUGGGACUGUCUCACUGGAAUUCAGAAGAAUGAUAAGAGAUCUUAUAGAAACAUAAAAUCAUAAAAGAGAUAGAUAAGAUAGAGGCAGGAAAGUUGUUUCCACUGGUAGUUGAGACUGGAACUAGGGGACAUAGCCUCAAGAUUCAGGGGAGUAGAUUUAGGACGGCGAUGAGGAGGAACUGCUUUUCCCAGAGAGUGGUGAAUCUGUGGAAUUCUCUGCCCAAUGAAGCAGUGGAGGCUACCUCAGUAAAUAUAUUUAAGACAAGGUUGGAUAGAUUUUUUCAUCGUAGGGGAAUUAGAGGUUAUGGGGAAAAGGCAGGUAGGUGGAGAUGAGUCCAUGGCUAGAUCAGCCAUGAUCUUAUUGAAUGGUGGAGCAGGCUUGACAAGCCAGAUGGUCUACUCCUGCUCCUAUUUCUUAUGUUUUUAUGUACCUUCUUCCAAAAAAGGAAACAUCCUUUUCCCAAUCACUUAGUUAGGAGCUCUCAUCAUUUUUUUUUAAAUGUUUCAGUCAAGUUAUCUCAUUCUUCUAAAUUCUGGCAGUUAUAAGUUUAGCAAAUCUCAUAAGAAAAUCCAACAUUCUAAGUACUAGUCUUGCAAACCUUCUCUGAACUGUUUCCAAUGCCUUUCCAUCUACCUUUAAAAACAAUAACCAACAGAGUGCUCCAGGGAUCUAUCCAAGUACUCUUUGUUUAGUGACAUGGAUUUCUUCCUCAAUCACUCUUUCAGGCAGUAAAUUCAAGAACUUACCACCCUCUGGUAUUUCAACAAAGUAGUUUAUGUCCACAGCUUGUUUUUUUUUAAACUACUUUGGCUCAGAAAAUAGGUCUUCCUAUUUAAUCCAGGCCCCUCAAUUUUAAAUUUUCAAGUGUCUCCCCCUCAACUGUUUCUGCCCCAAAAUACUAGCUCAACUUUCCCAAUAGAUUCAACCUUCUAGACCAAGGAACAUCAUGCAUAUCUUUGCUGGUGUGCUUUCUGACGCAAUUAUACCUUUCCUGUAAUGCGGUAACCAGAAUUGCAUGUUGUAAUUGUGCUGUGACCUAACUUGAGUCUAGCAUAGUCUCACUAGUUAUGUUCUGUGCCUCAGCUAGAAAUGGAAAGCAUCUGUCAACUAUCAACCUGUCCUGGUAUCUUUAAGGAUCUGUGGACAUAUAGUCCUGUUUUUCCAUGUUGCUAGGUAUUCGUUUCAUUCAUUCUACUUUUACUUGCCUUACUGGUCCUUCCCAAAUACAAAACUUCAUGUUUUUCUACAUAAAGUUCUAUUAUUUCUGUCAAAUUAACAACACUACAUGUUCCUGUAGUCGAAAACUAUCCUCUUCACUGUCAACCAUACAUUCUAUUUGAUUCAUCUAAAAACUACUUAAUCAUGCCACCUCUACAUGAUUGCAAAUAAUCAUCAAAUAUUUAAAAAAAAUAGAACCCUGUAUUUAACAACCUUCUAGAUACAAAAAAAAAUGCGUAAACUCUACCUUCUGAAUCCUAUCACUGAGACAGUUUGGUUCCAAUUUAUUACUCUCUUUCAGAUCUGCUAGGCUUUUACCUCUCUAUCAUGUAGGACCUUGUCAAAAGCCUCGUUGAAAUCUAUUCAGAUAAUAUCAAAUAUAUUUCCCUCGUCAACCCUCCUAAUCUUCCAAAAUGAUUCCAUCAAGUUAAUCAGACACAACUUUCCCAGAAUAAAUCCACAACUGUCCUGAAUUAAUCUGCACUUCUAAAUGGAGGUUUGUUGUAUCCUUAAAUGGAUUCCAAUGACAAGCCCAUUAGCAAAGUUAAAGUAACUGACCCAUAUUUAUUUAGCUUAUGUCUUUUUUAAGCCAAGUUACAACUCAAGCAGUCCUUCAAUCCUCUGGCACCACUCCUGUAAUCAGAGGACACAGAAAAUAAUCAAAAGCCUCUGCAGUUUCCUCUCUUACAUCUUUUAACAGUUCAGGAUACAUUUCAUUCGGACCUAACGACAAUCCAUUUUCCAAGAUGAAACACUUCCUCUUUUAAUGUUAUCCCAUCCAAUAUUUGGUAUUCAUCUUGAAUACAUCAUUAGCAUCAUCCACCUCUUCUGAAGGAAAUGACAAUAUACUGUGUAAGAACCUUGUCCAUAUCCUCUGCUUCCAGACAAAGAACUUGGUGGUCCUUUUUUAUGUAAUCAUUAAACAUCUUUAGAUUUCCUUUCUUUACUUUCCCAAUUUCCUUUUUAGCUUCACCCCUACAUUUCAAAAUGCUUCCAUGCUGUAUUAAGUUUUCAGUACCUGAUGUAGUUUUCUCCUUUUGCCACAGGCAUUGGAAAGGCAAUCCUGUGUUAUAGUUUGCAGUAAUAUUAACUGCCUUCUGAUGGUAAUGUUGGGACAUUUGAAAUUUAUUACUCUUACUAGUAUUUACAUUAAGGUAUAUACUGUUUAAAACAGCUAGAUUCCUUGUAUAUUUUAAAACCUUUGUUUUCUCUGCCUUUCAAAUUUUGCCAUUAAUUGUCUGCCUCUGAAUCUUUGCUCAGGUUCUCAUCAUGCUGCAAAGUCAGAAGCCUCCAAGUGUACUAAUAAACCUACCCACAGCAAUACUGGUCCUGGCCCCAUUGAAGCAUGCACGGGCCCCUUUUCUAGAAUUAUCCAUCUUUAUACAAUGCAGAUUGAAAUAGUAAUUGCACUGUAAAUUACUCUCAAUUUCAUCUCACAGCUAAAAGAAAAGAAUUAAAAAACUGCUAUUAUAAAGAAAACUAUAAUGGCUUAAUUGCUUAUUAUCCUUAUUACAAGCCAUAACAUCCAACUUAUGGACAAGCCCUACAAAUGAGCUCCCAUAACACUAUUAAAUUAAAAGUAUAACAUGGCUUUGUUCUGUGAAUGACAGAACAAGUUUCUUCCCUCUCUACUUGUAGUAAUUGUUCUUAUCAUUCUUAUGGGCUUUUGAUGCUAUUCAUUACAAAACUGUGGAGAUAUGGUUACCAUAUCAAGUGACUUUUUUGUGUAUUUUCUCACAUGGACAAAAUAGACAUAUGGAUGAAAAAGACUAUGGACAUCUGUAAAAACAAAACCCAUUCAUUACUUGGACAAGUGUAGUACAAAGUUCAAACUCUUAUUUUCUUUGAAAUGCCUUAGCUGACAUUAUGAACAAAUUAGGUAAUUAUAUACAAUCUUAAAUGGAACAAACACAAAUGGCCCUUUCAAGUUUUCAUUUAGAAUAAGUUUUAGAAAUAUAUAUUAGUAGAUUUUAUAUUUGAAUUCUUAUACAAAGUAGUCCUACUAAAAUCAACAACUGAAUUUCGUAAAUCAAUUCUUGAGGAAAAACAAGACAUCUGAAGUCAACUCAAAACUUCUUCAACAUCAUACAUGUUUCCUCACUAAUAAUCAGUGCACUAAAAUCAUUAGUAACAAUGCAAACAUCUGAUGUUGUCAUCCCUGGCUAGAGAUAAAUGAUUGCCGCACAUUUCUAUUUCACAAUGACAAAAAUGUCAUUAUGUAUACCUACCCUCCCUCACAAGGGCAAGUUUAUUUAGAAAGUUGAGCAGUUCAGACAGAGAUCUGAAUUUAA